GCGCCGAGCCUGCGGGAACGAGUCCGGAGUGAGCCAGAUCCGGAGUGAGGCGCCUCGGGGCCUGCGAGUCGCGCUGAGCUGCGUGGGACAGCCGGGGCGUAGCUGAACCCCGGAGCGCGGCACCCGGCCCGGCCAGCUAGGGUGGAGGGGAACGAACGCUGCUGAGACGCGGAGCUUUGGGGCGCCGUGGCCUGAGUAAGACCCAAUGGAAAAGCAUGACAUUUGGAAACAGAAGACUUAGUUUCAAAUCUUUGUUCCUUUACUUACUAAUAAAUUUGUGAUUUAGAAAUAUCUGUACAAGAUGUUGACGUUACAGACUUGGAUAGUACCUGCCUUGUUUUUUGCUCUCACCUCUGAAUGUAUAGGUGAACUUCUAAAUCCAUGUGGUCAUAUCACCCCUGAGUCUCCAGUUGUGCAACUUGGUUCAAAUUUCACUGCAGUUUGUGUGCUAAAGGAAUCAUGUAUGGAUUAUUAUCAUGUAAAUGCAAGUUACAUUUUCUGGAAAACAAACCACGUUACUGUUCCUAGUGAACAAUAUACUAUCAUAAACAGAACAGCAUCUAGUGUCACAUUUACAGAUAUAUCUGCAUUAACUACCCAGCUCACUUGCAACAUGCGUACAUUUGGACAGAUUGAUCAGAAUGUUUAUGGAAUCAGAAUAAUUUCAGGCUUCCCACCAGAAAAACCUAAAAAUUUAACUUGCAUUGUGAAUGAAGGAAAGAAAAUGAUGUGUCAGUGGGAUCCUGGAAAGGAAACCCAUCUGGAUACGAACUUCACCUUAAAAUCUGAAUGGGCAACAGAGAAGUUUGCAGAUUGUAAAACAAAACGGAGCACCCCCACUUCAUGCACCGUAGAUUAUUCUCCUGUGUAUUUUGUCAACAUUGAAGUCUGGGUAGAAGCAGAGAAUGCCCUUGGGAAUGCUACAUCAGAUCACAUCAAUUUUGAUCCCGUCGAUAAAGUGAAACCCAAUCCACCUCAUAAUUUAUCAGUUAGCAACUCAGAGGAACUGUCUAGUAUUUUAAAAUUGACAUGGAUCAACUCAAAUAUUAAAAAUUUCAUACGACUGAAAUAUAACAUUCAAUAUAAGACCAAAGAUUCUUCAACUUGGAGCCAGAUUCCCCCUGAAGAUACAGCAUCCACCCGAUCUUCAUUUACUGUCCAGGACCUUAAACCUUUUACAGAGUAUGUCUUUAGAAUUCGUUGCAUGCAAGAAGAUGGUAAAGGAUUCUGGAGUGACUGGAGUGAAGAAGCAAGGGGCAUCACAUAUGAAGAUAGACCAUCCAAAGCACCAAGUUUCUGGUAUAAGAUACGUCCAUCCCCUGCUCAUGGCUACAGAUCUGUACAACUUAUAUGGAAGGCCUUGCCUCCUUUUGAAGCCAAUGGAAAAAUCUUAGAUUAUGAAGUGACUCUAACAAGAUGGAAGUCACAUUCACAAAAUUACACAGUUAAUGACACAAAACUGAUAGCAAACCUGACAAAUGACCGUUAUAUAACAACUCUGACAGCAAGAAAUCUGGUGGGCAGAUCUGAUGCAUCUGUUCUAACUAUCCCUGCCUAUGACUUUCAAGGUACUCGCCCCAUAACGGAUCUUAAAGCAUUUCCCAAAGAGAACAUGCUUUGGGUAGAAUGGACUGCUCCAAAUGAAUCAGUGAAUAAAUACAUACUUGAAUGGUGUGUAUUAUCGGAUAAGUCACCUUGCAUCCAAGACUGGCAACAAGAAGAUGGUACCGUAUAUCACACUUACUUAAAAGGGAAUCUAAUAGAAAGCAAAUGUUAUUUGAUAACAGUUACUCCAGUAUAUGCUGAUGGCCCAGGAAGCCCAGAAUCUAUAAAAGCCUAUCUUAAGCAAGCACCUCCUUCCAAAGGACCUACUGUUCGGACAAAAAAAGUGGGGAAAAAUGAAGCUGUUUUAGAAUGGGACCAACUUCCUGUUGAUGUUCAGAAUGGAUUUAUCAGAAAUUAUACUAUAUUUUAUAGAACCAUCAUUGGAAAUGAAACCGCCGUGAAUGUGGAUUCUUCCCACACAGAAUAUACACUUUCUUCUUUGAGUAGUGACACUUUGUACAUGGUAAGAAUGGCAGCAUACACAGAUGAAGGUGGAAAGGAUGGCCCAGAAUUCACUUUUACUACACCCAAGUUUGCUCAAGGAGAAAUUGAAGCCAUAGUGGUACCUGUUUGUUUAGCUUUCCUAUUGAUCACCCUAUUGGGAGUAUUGUUCUGCUUUAAUAAGCGAGAUCUAAUUAAAAAACACAUAUGGCCCAAUGUUCCAGAUCCUUCAAAGAGUCAUAUUGCCCAGUGGUCUCCUCACACACCUCCAAGGCAUUCAAAAGAUCAGGUGUUUUCAGAUGGCAAUUUUACCGAUGUAAGUGUUGUAGAAAUAGAAGCAAAUGCCAAAAAGACUUUUACUGAAGAUUUGAAAUCAUUGGACCCAUUCAAGAAAGAAAAAACUAGUACUGAAGGACACAGCAGUGGCAUUGGAGGAUCAUCUUGUAUGUCAUCUUCCAGGCCAAGCAUUUCUAGCAGUGAUGAAAAUGAAUCUGCACAAAACACUGCAAGCACUGUCCAAUAUUCAACUGUGGUACACAGUGGGUACAGACAUCAGGUUCCAUCUGUGCAAGUUUUCUCAAGAUCUGAGUCCACUCAGCCCUUGUUAGAUUCCGAGGAGCGGCCAGAAGAUCUACAGUUACUAGAUAGUGUAGAUGGCAAUGAUGGCAUUUUGCCCAGGCAACAGUAUUUUAAACAAAAUUGUAAUAAUCAACAUGAAACCAGUCCAGAUAUUUCACAUUUUGAGAGGUCAAAGCAAGUGUCAUCUGUCAAUGAGGAAGAAGAUAUUGUUAGACUUAAACAGCAGCAGAUUUCGGAUCAUAUUUCACAGUCCUAUGGAUCUGGACAAAUGAAAAUGUUUCCAGACGUUUCUUCUGCAGAUGCUUUUGGUCCAGCUACAGAGGGACAAGUAGACAGCUUUGGAACAGUUAGGACAGAGGCUGCAGUUUAUGAAGGAAUGCUUAAAAGUUACUUACCACAGACUGUAAGACGAGGUGGCUACAUGCCUCAGUGAAAGACGAGUUCCUGUUACAACUUCAGCAGUACCUGGGAAGUAAAAAAUUAUCUGUAAUUUCAGAUAAGUCUUCAUUAACUGAAUAUACAUAGUCAUUGCCCUUACAGACAAAAAUGUACUGAACUUUCACAUGGGCUAUGUCCAUUCCUGGAUGUCUGAGUGUAAGCACUACAUAAAAUUUCAUUCUCUGAAUAGCUGGUUGGCUGGUUGACUUUGUGCUGUUUCAGAAUGUUUGCACUGAAGAAAGACAAGUAUUUAAAUAUACAGUCAUAAACUUGGUGAGAAAAAAUACCAAAGCAGCUUAGAAAGAAUAUAAGAAAUUAGAGGAGCAAGGUCUAAACCCUGUACUUCAGCUGACAAUAGAGAUCCAGAGGGCAUAUAAGUCCUACUUCUUUUGUCUGAGUGAAAAAAGGGGCCCAUCUAUGGUCAUACCAAUAUUAUAUUACUUCUCUUCUACUGGUGAUUCAUGCUGCCAGUUAGAAGAAAGCAACUCUGGAGUUAAGUACUCAUUUUAGAAAUUUGCCUUAGUUAACAGUCUCUGAAGAUCCAUUUCAGAAACUCAGCAGAGUACCCAGGUAAGAGCUAGGACUUUUAAAUGUUUUGCCACUUAUAAAGGCAACUUAAUAGUUAAUUACAUACAUAAACAUUUUAAAAUCUUACAAUUUCAGAGAACUUGGUUGAUGAAGCACUUUAUACAUUAGCUUAUGUGUCCUAAACUAAGCUGUGUUAUUUUUAAGCAGACAAAUGCUGAAAUUUAAGCAAAUUAAGGAGUUGGGGCAAUAUUCACCAAAAUGUAAAAAGUACCUAUUGUAGAGGCACUUAAUGAAGUGAUAGUAUUUUAAUAUCUGCCAAUUGUAAGGUAGGUGAAACUUAGCUCUAAACAUUGCUUGGUACUACUUUAUACCUCUUUCCACAAGCUGCAGAGGUUAGUGCUAAACGUCCUACUUUUGCACUUAUGCUAUUACCAACCACAUUUGAUGUGGCAGAGAUGACACAAGCUGAGCAAGGAAGAAGACAUUGCUAAUAAAAAAUUGAAGACUAAGUCAUACGCACUUACUCUUGAAGUGUAAUUUAGACUUCCUCUUAUAUAAUGCCUUGUACUUUCCUUUAUAUAUUUUGUUUUUGUGAGGCACAGUAGAUGCUUUAUUCUAAUAUAACCAGUUCUGGUUCAGUUAGAACCAACAUUAGAUAACAUAACUAGACACAGGUCAUUAGAGGGAGAAGUACUUAACAUUAUACAACAAGAUAAUGGCACCACCGUUCAUGCUGGUCAAAGUCCUACAUUUUUUUCUUGCUGUAUGUCACUUACCACUAUUUUUUCCUCAAAAUAAUCCAACAGUUUUGUGAAGAGCAUCCUAGAGUGACACUGAUACACCAGGGGUGGGGUUGUAAAAUGUGAACUUAGACUUUUGAGUAGAGACAUGGUAGAAUGAGUGUCCCCCUAGCACAGGAAUACUUUGGACAUUAAAUGUAUAUGGUUACUGUGCAAAAUUCCGUUUGGGAAGUAUGUAUGACCAUCAGAAUUACCUAAGGCAUGUUCUAGAAUGUUUUGAUGCAUGUAAAUUGUUUUAGGUAGGCAGAGAAUGGUUUAUUUGUGAGAAUUGGCCCUUAUAGGCAUAGAAGUAUUUAACAUGUAUUGCUACUGCUAUCUUUGGCAUCCUACCCUAAAGUCAUAAUGUUGGUAAACUAUACAACUUUAAACCCAUUAUAAUUAAAUGAAUCCUUUUUUAGCAUGGAUCGAUCAACACUCAAGAGAUACCCAACCUUUGCAUAUAUGAGCUGGUGGGGUGAAGCAAAAUCGUUCACACCUGUUUGCUGCCUUUUUCCUUGAUAAAAGGUUUUUACACAUGAAGCCAUCAAUGGUCCUGUCUUACUGUGAUAUUAAAGGUUAAUGAAGUUGAAGUAUACUGGUGGUACAUUUAUGCUAUUUACAAAUAGAAACCAUAUUUCAAAGUCUUAUACUCACCUGAUUCAAAUCAUGAUAAAAAUGUAGAAGAAAUACGUAGAAUUCCCCUAAAAUGUGUUCACUCACAUAUUACCCAAGUUUAGUCAAGCCAGGGCGCUCAAUCUCUCUAUUCAGUUAAAAUCUACAUCAUUUUCUAUUUAGUUUCAAGAACUUUCUAAACCUGUAUUUCAAUAAUUUUGUUGAAAUGGGUACCAGUGUCAAAAUAAGCUAUACUUAGGGUUUAAUUAUAGGUCAUCAUAUUAAUAUAUUGCCCAUGUUAGGUUAUGUUAAAUCUGCACUUUUCUGUAAAUUAAGAGACUACAGAGCCAUAAAAUGGCAAAAUUUAAGUUUAGCCUAAAAUUGGGCAUUACAGGUCUCAAAAGCAAUCAAAACUAGUAAACUUACCACCUAAUUCUUCUUUGAUAACAGUUCUAGAUGGCAUUUUUCAGGUCCUUUUCAAACUAUAAACAGACUUCAGAUACAAGUUAGAACAAAAGUUUCCAAAGCCAUUGUGAGAUCCAUCUUUUCAUCAACGCGAUGUUCUAGUAAACAUUGCAUCAAAAAUAAGACCGCUGAGGACAAACUGUUCUGUUAGCUAUUUAUUUCUGAAUUUUUAAAAGCAUUUUAUAAUCAGUAGUUCCUUCAAAGUGAUUAAAGAACAGGGUAAUGAAGUUUAACUAUAAAGUUGAUAAAUGCAUUUUUAUCAUCUAAGGUCUAUGAUUAUUUGUUUUGGAUCUUUUACCCCUUAUAAUACAAGCUUUGUCUGAAUAAUUAGGUAUCUCAAAUGCUGUUACAUGAUUAGCAAAGUGUGAUGUUCGAAAUAAUGUGGGUAUUUUAAAGGUGAAGAUUUGAAUAUUCUUCAGUCUUACUAUAAAUGUAUUUUGAGUAAUAUACUCUAAAAAUUGCUAUUUGCAAGUGCUACAAUAGUCAUUAGCAUUAGGUAUGUCUCCUAUCCAUUAUAUAUUAGCUAUGUCCCAUUUACUUGUAUCUGCACCCUUUCAAGUUCUCCUGUGCUUUACCCAAACAAAUCUAACUUUAUAGAAGGCUUGUCUAGAGUAUUGUAUGUAUUUUUACCUUUGCAGUGAACUGCAUGUGCUAAGGGAAACCACAGCUUUUUUUUUUUAAUGUUGACAUAACUCUAAAUGUUUCUUAUAUCGGCUCUAAUCCUGUAAGUAAAUUUUAAGAAAUAAAUUCUUCAAAUUUU